ACCCGAAAAUACACAUACACCAAGCCAAACAAUUGCAGCAAAAAUUUAGGGACAAGGUGAUAAGUUUUUACGAAAACUUGAGAAAGGAGUCGGAAUGUGAACUUUUCAAGCCAGAGCUACUUCACUCAUAAAGGAAAAUUGAAAAUUUGCUAGUCAAAUUAGAUAAUUGCGUUUUUGUAGAUCCUCUGUGAUUCCACUUGAUCCAUCUAUCUAUCUGUUGUCUAUCAAUUAAGCCGAUUAGCAGCACAUUCAACCCACAAUUAGCGUAAUCUCUUGAGAAUCUCUGGUAGAAUCUCCAUAAUUCCAAGGCAGCCCCCGGAACCAUCAUAAAUUGUGUUUAAUGAGGCAACCCACAUUCCCCACUUUGUGUUUGGGAACACAUAUAUUCUAGUCUAAAUCCCUUGUUAACUUUGUAAUAUAAGUGAUAGAUAGACCUAACAAUAUGAAACCAAUUGACGGACCCUUUAUCGAUGAACUGAACCGCAUGAUCUUUCGUCGUCCCAGCUUUAUAAAAAGCCGCAAAAAGAAACGCUAUGAGGAGGAUCCGGAUAAUGCCUGGAACUGCUGCUCCUGGUGCGAGUACUUGCUUAUCGUCAUCCUGUCCACUAUCCUCCUGGUGGGCGUCCUGGUCCUGACCCUCUUCUGGGUGAUGUUCUACCGGGACGGAUUCGCCUGGUCGGAGAGUCCCAAGCAGCAGUUCAACCUGCAUCCCAUCUUGAUGAUCGCUGGCUUCGUGACGCUGUCCGGAUUUUCCAUCUUGAUCUACCGUUUGUGCCGAUGCGUGAAGCACAUCUAUGUGAAGCUGAUCCACAUGUUCUUCCACGCCGUCGCCAUUCCGUGCAUCGCCCUGGGUUUCCUAUCCGUCUUCGAUUCCCACGAGGCGUUGCAAAAGGUUAACUUCUACAGCCUCCACUCGUGGCUGGGCCUUGUGACAAUGGGCAUGUUCGUGCUCCAGUUCGUGAUCGGCUUCUUCAGUUUUCUGGUGAUGUUGUGCUGUGAGAACAAGACCUACAGCUGCCGAUCCGCCAUGGUGCCCAUCCACGCCAGUUUGGGCCUAGCCAACUUCUGGCUGGCCAUUGCCACAUCCGUCACGGGACUGAUCGAAAAGGAGCGCGAAACCGUCAAUGAGACGAACGUGAGCCAGGAGAACAAGCUCAUCGAGCAUUACAUCACCAGUGCUAUCGGGAUCACCCUGAUCUUCAUCGGCAUCAUCGUGACGUUUGCGGUGCGGCGGUCCAACGCGCCCGCCUCCGCGAAGGUUUACGUGACGGAGCGCAUUUAGACGGGACGCCCGGCUCGGCGGAGUCUCCGUCGCCGGAUUUUGUCCACGGCCAGGACUGGAAGCGAGUUGCAGCAGGUGUAUCCGAGGAUCCAGGACCUCGGUGACUUCGACUGGACUUGGGGAAAUGGAUCCACGGUGUCCUUUCGCCAAGCAUAGCGCACAGAGACCACGCUUCUACAUCUCUAUCCGAACCCUUUGUAACCUUUAAUAUGCCAAAUUAAAUCCUCUUCAUACACUUAGACUACUCCAUACUAUACGGCGCUAAUCAAAAUCUUUACCACUUUCAACUUCUCAGUAGAUGUUUAGGAUUAGGAAUCUCAGAUGAAAAGAGCCGACCAAGCAAGCAAAUCUAAUCAAAAUUGACGUGUUCAGCCGAACUUACUGAUGCACUAAGGCACUCACAAGCAUGAUUAGCCAGUUUUUUGGUACUAUAGUAGAAUUUUGAUAUAAGCCCAUGUAACUAGUGUAUGUACCGUACCAUGUAACGCAUUCAAUGUGAGCACUCGGACUCAAAUCUGUCGCAUUUGAUGUUUUUGUAAUCGUGCUAAUAUUUGUAUUUAAUGAUGCGCUAAGCAACGUAAGCUGUAAACCAAUUUUACAAACAAAUAAUAAACGAUACUUUUGCCCUGUCUGAGGGGUCUCAUAUUA